GCCAGACAAGUGAUACAUUGUAUUCAGGUUAGGGAGUGACACAGACGUAGUAAUAAGUUUCCGAGCAACUCCACGAAGAGUGUUAGUGAGAGAGUAGUGCGACGAAUCUGAAAGUUUUAACCCUGUGUGUAUAGCAAACCGGUUUAAAUUACCUUGACAGACAACAUACCCCUUGUAUUGUUGUUCAUUGAAGAAUAAGUGACUGCUUCAGUAGAUAUACCCCUCGGUACAUCCCCUACGAUAUUAGGCUUAACUGGCACUUUAUUUAUUACCCUGACCCGUUCUAUAUUAGCACGAGUGUUGGAGACAAGUGAAUUUCCUGAGAUUAUAAAUUUAUACACUUUUUGAAGUAUAACAAUUACUAAAUCUGUGUGAGCACGUCGUUUUAAUAGAAAAGAAAGGAGAAAUUUAAUAUUAUCCUAUACAGAUGUUUAAUACUAAGAUAUUUGAAAAUUCGGGGUCUUCUGGGUCUAAUGCCAUGAACAUCCCUAGUGGAUCUUCUGGCCAAGCAACAGGAACAUCCGACAACCAUUUGAAUAUCCCACAACCGAUCGAUAUCACCUACCAACGGCACCCGUCUAUUUUCAACUCGCGACUUCGUAGAGAAUCUAUUGCACAUUCGCAAGGAAUGGGAGGUGUUUCAUGGGGAUCUGUCACCAUUGGAUCAUGGCUUAAGGAUGAAGUGAUGAUGAUUACAAGCCAACAGCAGCAGCAACAACAACAGCAACAACAAUUGCAGCAACAACAACAGUCGCAACAAGCAAAUAAUCAAAACCAAUCAUCUAACCAACAAACGCAUUUCAUCAACCCACGGACAGGAAGUUUCCGUUAUAACAAUAACGUUAAUAUGUCACAAUCGCCACCGGCAAACCAAGCCUCAUAUCUUCCAGACCUUGAAGCUGACUACUGUAAGGAUUAUCUGUGCUGUGGCCAACUACUUCCAACACUCCAUGAUCUUUUACGCCACUACGAAGAUGCACAUAUUAGUGCUUCGCCACCCAUCUAUAAUCCGUUACUUCAACAUCAACAGAAUAGAAAUAGACAGCAUAAUAUUAAUAACACAAUGCACAACAUCAUGGAGACGGUUUCUACCAAUGAUGUGUUUCUAAAUAACGGUACCCAAACCACCAACCAAGUGAACCAAUCAAACCUUAACAUACCGGCAUCGCACUUUAACAUCCAACAACAAACCAUCAAUCAAGUUAACCCUAGCUUGGGGUUGAACAAUAACACAAUUGCACAAAAUACUAUACCGAACAAUUUUCUGUCUCAACAACCGCAUCAACAACUGCAACAGCUGCAAGUUCAACAUCAACAACAUCUUUCCAACCACCAAUCACCUCAUCAACAAUCUCAUCAACAAUCCCAUCAAAACCAACAACUGAACCAACAACAACACCAGGGUAACCAACACCUGCAACAACAACUUCAACAACAACAAUCUCAGCAACACCUUCAAGCACAGCAUUUAUCCCAUCAGAAUCAUCAAAGCCAUCUGGGAACCCCUGGUGUUGAUGACGAGGAUUCAAUGUAUAUUGAUGAUCCUGCCAGACAUUUAUAUGUCAUGGAACAUACAGAACACAAGCCAUACAAAUGUCCAGUAAUUGGGUGUGAGAAAAAUUACAAGAAUCAAAAUGGACUUAAAUAUCAUAGGCUACACGGGCAUCAAAAUCAAACAUUAAAGGAGAACCCAGACGGAACCAUUUCGAUUAUCGAUCCAGAGUCAAAUACACCUUAUCUUGACGGCGCUGGAAUGGAGAAGGAUAAACCAUAUAGAUGUGAGGUAUGCGGGAAGAGAUACAAAAACUUGAAUGGUUUGAAGUACCACAGAGGACACACGACUCAUUAGUAGAGCAACAUCGAGGAGAUAGUAUGUGAAUAGUGAACCAGGAAUACGUCAAGGCUUCGCCCUAGGUUAGAUUCGAGCCAUGAACAUAGUAUUUAGAGUAAUUCUAUUAUAUACCUUCAGAAU